UGACGGACUGUAUAUAAAGGAGAACAGCAUGGACAUGCUUAUGCUCAACUGUGGAUGCAAAGCGAGCGGACCUGUGGCGUUUAAUUCAAUCUUUACGCAAAAGCACUCUUAUGGACUUCUGCCUCCUCAAGUGGAUUGCUUUGCUAGAAAAUAUUGGAAUAUUUCCAAAAUUGCAAAAAAUAGAAAUAAUUAAGAAAAAACGUUUACAGUUUAAAUUAAUGUUAUAUUUAUCCAUGCUAUGUGUGUGUUUGAAUUCAUGCAAUUAUUUUUAAGCUGACAUUAUUUUUACAGUGCGCAAAUUCUAAGUCUUUUAGUAUAAAAACACCUGUCUUGGACUUUCAAGAAGCUCCCAAGUGAUGACUUUAUGAAUUUUUCCUGAUCUUUCAUCCCAAUGCCCGCCCUAGUCGCUGUCAUGGAAUCGUUUGGGUCUUCGGUCACCGAGUCUACCGACAUCACCACACCGGACGAUCCGUUCUCGGGUCCCCUCAAGUCUGUAGCGCCCUGGAAUUACACUUUCCUCGCCUGUCUGAUGUUCAUAGUGACUUCACUGUCUAUAACAGAGAACUUCACCGUUAUGCUCGUGACGCUUAGAUUCAAACAGUUAAGGAAACCGCUGAAUUACAUCAUUGUUAAUUUAUCUGUUGCUGAUUUUCUAGUUUCUAUGACAGGAGGCACUAUAAGUUUUCUAACUAAUGCAAGAGGCUACUUCUUCCUGGGCGUCUGGGCGUGUGUGCUCGAGGGAUUCGCUGUCACUUUUUUCGGGAUUGUGGCUUUGUGGUCUUUAGCAAUCUUGGCAUUUGAGCGUUACUUUGUGAUCUGUCGUCCUCUGAAAAAUGUCCGGCUGGGAGGCAAGCACGCAGCUAUGGGGCUUGUUUUUGUUUGGACCUUCUCCUUCAUCUGGACAAUCCCUCCAGUACUUGGCUGGAACAGUUAUACAGUCAGCAAAAUUGGCACCACCUGUGAACCCAACUGGUACUCAACUGAUUACUACGACCACACCUACAUCAUCACCUUUUUCGUUACGUGUUUUAUCCUUCCUCUUGGUGUGAUCAUUAUCUCCUAUAGUAAACUUAUGCAGAAGCUCAGAAAGGUAUCGAACACUCACGGAAGGCUGGGGAAUGCGCGUAAGCCUGACCGAGAGGUGGCGAGGAUGGUCAUUGUAAUGAUAGUUGCGUUCAUGGUUGGAUGGACGCCUUAUGCAGCGUUCUCAAUUAUUGUCACAGCCUGUCCCACAAUUUAUAUUGAUCCUCGCCUGGGCUCAAUACCAGCCUUCUUCUCAAAGACUGCGGCUGUGUACAAUCCCAUCAUCUAUGUCUUCAUGAAUAAGCAGUUCAGGAAAUGUCUGAUCCAGAUGUUUAAAGGAAAUGUCGGCAAUCUGGACUCCACCAAUCUGAACCAGACAUCAGACAAAGGGGCCACAGCAGAGAGCCACAUCGGAGAGAUGUCCACCAUUGCUGCUCGUGUGCCCAUGUCUAUGUGCAACAUGGAGAAGAGUGAGGAUGAAGAGGAAGAGUCAGAGCAAAGCGGGAAUGGAGGUCCAAAGCAACUCCAGGAUAGUCGAGUGUGCCCUUUGUAGACUGAAUAAAUGUAUACCUUUAAUCUAACCUGUUGUCUAACUAAAGCAUAAAUCCUACAGUCGUUACCUCUAUCGGAAUGCAUAUGUUAGAAUGUAUUGUUUGUGUUUUCACGUUCUUUGUUGCUGUUCGUAUAUCUUUAUGUUGUGGCAAUCUGCAGUCUUGGCGUAUCUUUGUACUUGUCAGUAUUGUGUUAUUACAUGAAAGAGGCAGGCAAUACAUUUCCAUACAGUCCUCUGAAUGAAUGCUGUUUGUUUUUCAGAUGUAUCAGUGCAUAUGGUUUUGUUUGUUUGUUUGUGUUAUUGAAAUUAAAGACUAUAUUAUUGCAAUAGCUUUCAAUUUCAAAGUUGGACACAUAAAAAUAUGCUUUAUUAAUUUGCAGUCUCGAAGCGCUUUUAUAGUACAAGUACUGGCAAAAACAACACAAACAGCUGAAUAGCAAAAUUAAAAUUUGUUUUGAAAAUGUAAAGAUAUAAAAUAAUCACCCAGCUUGUGACGUUAGCCCCACCCCCAGCCUCUUCUGAUUGGUCCGCUGUUUUGAAACGGACAUUUAUGAGCUCCUGUGUCUCAAAUUCUAAAUCUGACUAAAGAUGGUCAUGAGAUGUUUUUAAAAGAUUUCAUGUAUGUUUGCGUGAACUGUGUGAAUGUUAUUAAUGUAAUUAUGCCAUAAUGUUCGAUGUUUGCUUACAGUGUCCAAACUGUAUAUUGAUAUUGAUGUUUGUCUGUGGCAUGCCAAAUAAUGUUUUACUUACAUAUUUAUUUAUCAGUGUCUUGGAGUCAUUUAG